AUGACCACACACACAAUUACACCCUCCGGACCAAGGCAAUGCCCGAAAUGCAACGGACUGGUCCGGGGCACCAAAUACACAGAACACAUACAAACCUGCACACAAACUAACACAGACACACCACACCCACCACAAAUUAUCACACACCCACCAACAGUUACCCACACCACACGAACCACGGCCACACACACGACUACACACCCACCCACCAAGAAACAAACACCCCAUACAACCACACGUCCCACACCCACACCAACACCACGGUACACACCACCCCCCGCACCAACCCCCCAAUGGGCACGCACCAGAUUCGCGAGACCACCACAGACGACAGAGGACAGGAUCUUACAGACACUCGCUAACAUAGACAGACACACAGAAUCGACACAGACAAAACAAACAUGCAAACAACACACAGGACCACACCCCGAGAUAAUAGCCAUAAUUGCAAGUUUAGAACCAGCAAGCACCCUAGACGACGAAUUACGAGCACAAAAAGAAAGAUACAUGACCAGACGGGCACACGAACGCACAAACACUGACGAAACAGAAGCCAGCACCUCAACACACCAACCACACACCACACAUCAAACAGCACCACACAAAACACAACCCCCCAACACACCAGACAACGACAGCGACACAGAUUCUACCACCUCCACCGCAGAGACAGUUAUACACAUCGAAACCACACACACAAGCACGCUACAAACACAAACGACGGACAACGACACAGACAGUAACACCGACACCACCUCACUCACGGACACAGUCGAACAUACACAAACACCCCAACCAGCCACACACACCACACGGGACUCAAAACGAUACAAAAAACGAAAAUCAAUACGGAAACAGAAAAAAGAACAAAACAGGAAACACUAG